ACAAUUAAACUUAAUCAUUGCUUAAAUUUAGUGAAAACUAAAAAUAUUUGUGAACUUUACAUUUUUAGGUUAUGUUUUUUUGUCAUUCAGUUUUUCAUGAAAAUCAUUUGUAAUUUUUAUCAACUAUUUGCAUUUAAUUAAAGUAAUUGUUGCAAAUUUCGUAAUUUUCGUAUUAAUUGAUAAAAAGUGGGAUAAAUAAUAAUGGAUGUUGCAGGAUUUUGAAUUGCAAUAUACGCGCAAAGUAUUAUCACUCGCGGUUGCCAUUAGUCAGGGGCUGGUGGAAGAAAUCAUGUGUAUUUUUUUGUUUGUUAAAGAGUUAGAGUUAAUUCGAUAAUUAGUGCAUAUUGUCAUGAAAAUAGUAGAGAUUUCUUUGUUUUCGAGUAUUUUCAAUUGUUUGUAAUAAUAAAUAUAGUUUUGAGAAACUUUGUGAAUUUCGAGUCAGUGUUAAAGUAAAAUUCUGGAAAUUUUUCUACACCUACUUUGUUGACUUCAAUAAUCAAUUGUCAGGAUUUGACCAAUAUAGAAGGCUAAUUUCAAGUUGACAACUGUUCAUAAAUUGGAAGAUAAGGUAAAUUUUGUUGAUUGUACCGGAAAAAACACGAUGGAUGAACUUGCAGUAAGAAAUUUCACUAGGGCCAUUGAGAUAGAAGACAUCUGCUUUCAAUUGAUGGAACAAAUAAUAAACGGAAGUGCUGUUCUAAAAAUUAAUACAGACGAUAGUUGGAAUAGUAUUGAUGAUAGUGAUGAACUAUUGAUUGACAGUAAUGACAGUAAAAAAUCUCUGACGUCAAUAAAUUUCAAACGUAAAACAAGUAGAAUUAAUUUUGCCUUAAUCAUAACUACCUUACAACGAGCACAUAAAAUGCUUCUUUCUGGUUCAAACGAAAAAAUUAAUAUACGAUCAUUUUAUUACGAACUCAAACCCUAUUUUGAUGACCUCCGAGUGGAAAAGGUUAAUAAUGCUAUUGAGAAUACUCGGAAAUUAUUAAACUGCAACCGAUGGGAUAUUGGUUUUACCGCAACAAGUAAAGGUUUAAUUGCCGGCGAUAUUACUCUAAAAUUUUUUGAUAAAUUAAUUGUUUAUAAAUCGUCGCAAGGUGAUUUGAUUCCACAAGAGGUGAAUGAAUUAAGUUCAAUUGAAACUAGUGCAAAAUAUAUUGUGGUCGUUGAGAAGGAUACAAUUUUUCAAAAAUUACUUGGAAACAAAGAGAGACUUCUUGAACGUGAGAAAUGUAUAAUGAUCACCGGAAAAGGAGAACCGGAUCUUCCUACGAGAAUUCUAGUGAAACAUUUAUCGGAAAUUGAAAAGAUUCCAACGUUUAUUUUAGUCGAUAAUAAUCCUCAUGGUUUUGAAAUAAUGUGUACCUAUCGAUUUGGAUCAAAAAAUCAUAAGCAAUGGGCUGCUCCAUCUGCAAAAUGGUUAGGAAUUCAUCCAUCAGAAAUGCCACGACUUCGAAUAAAAAUGACGAAUUUGACAGAAAAUGAUAAGAGUAAGCUGAGUAGUCUCCUGAUUCGAAGUGAUAUACAAUUAUCUAGAGAACUUAGAAAGGAACUAAAGAAGAUGAAGAAAAUUGGAAAAGCCGAUGUGGAGAGUGUCAUGAAACUGGGUACAAAUUAUUUUUCAACUGCAUAUAUACCGCUAAAAAUAAAAAUAAAAGAAUUUUACUGAACUUUUACGAAAAAGAAACCCAGAAAAAGUGGAAAAAUUGUAAUUUUUUCUUUAUAAUUUGCAAGAAUUAACAUUUAUUGUUGUCAGUUUAAAAAUGAUCGAUUUUAGAUUUCUCCUGCUAAUUAAAAAUGAUAAAAUUUUUUUCAAUUUUCCGUUAAUUUUUUCCUCGACGUAUUCUGGUUCUUUUUGUUCUUUUAUUUGUUGUAUCAACGCACAUGUCAUUCACUAAUUCCAAUAAAA